AUGCCGGCGGCCGCCGCUUCCCUUCUCCCCUGCAUCUCCUCGGCUUCGUCCCUGGCCCCGUCGACGUCCUCACGCCUGCAGCGGCCGCUCGGCGGACCUCGCGCGGUGCCACCCAACAACGGCAGUAGUGCAGCUGGAGCCGCCUUACGUGGUGGCACAACCGUGCACAGCCCGAAAGACGACGACAACGCGGACGAAACAGGCAAUCACUACGAUGGGGAGUACGACCGACUAGUUUUCUCUCCUAUCCACCCGAGUCACGCCAGUCUUGCUGCUUCAUUCGGCACUUCCAACGAGGACAGGGGCGACGGCGCGGAUAGCACCGUCGCUCCGGACUCGCUAGUGUUGGAGGAUUCGGAGCAUCACUACUCGGAGUCGUUCUCGCCGGGCAGCCCGAGAGGCCCGCCAUCGCGCGGCUUCAUCACCGCCUCGCAAGCCACCGCUGCGCUCGAGCGCCUUCCAGUGCUUUCCAUCUCUCCGCGAAGGCAAGCGGCGUCUUCGGCUGUCACGACUCCCAUCUCUGCACAGGCGGCCGCUGUCUCGACCUUCUCGUCUUGUCGACCCUGCAGUAAAACGGCUACGCUGCUGACGGCUGAUGCAGUAACCCUGCAGCCGGAUGCGUGGUGGUCGACGCUGGAUGGCACGCUCUCGGCCACCAACACACUCCUCGACAAUGAAUCGCAGCGGAUCCACCACGUCGGGAAGACACCGCCGCCCGCCUCGUUCCAUCCCCUUUUAGCCCCCAGCCUGAACGACACGCUGGGUCGAGCAGACCGCGCUGCCAUUGUGCUGUCCAUGCGUCUUUCUCAUCAAGCUAGCUCUUCGACGGGGGAGGCCAUUGCGGCAGGGGUCGACAGAGCCAAGGACGGCAGCGCUGGCAGAAGCACGAAAGGUGAGGAGGCGACGGCAGCGGCAGUCGCCGCCCUUGCGAUGCGGCUGUCACGCGCCACUGCGGGCGGCUCGCUAGCCAGAGGUCUCAGCGGGGCUGCGAGCACGAGGCUGUCCGACGCGUCACGGGGCAGCGCCGGACAGAACACGCUUCAGGGGCUGCGCGACGCGUUACGGCUUACUCAGCCGUCAGCGGAAGAGCUAGACAUUUCUGCCCCUUAUAUCGCAUCGCACUGGUUGGGUGCGUCAGAGGAAGGCCAUGGGCCGCUUUCCUCCUCCGACGUGCGAAGCAAGCCGGCACCGAAAGGAACCACUCGCGCCUCGCGUGCGCAUCGGCAGACUACCGAGGAAGUCGCCCACCCACACGGCGCUCAAGAGGGCAGCGCCGGGGUCAUCAAGAGAGGUGGCGGUACGCAGCUCGGCCGCGGCGCAUCGGCGCGCACCUGCGCCGACGACACAGAUCGUGCACCUGCGCCGGCGGCGGCGUUGCUGUCGUCAGCGCGUGCGCUCUUGCAGUCAGCUCCGCUUCACGAGGGUGCGGCUGAGGGUCGCGUGGGUGCGGUGAUGCAAGGCCUGCAUCCAGCAGCAUCUGUCACCGCCACCAGAGCUCACAAUACUCGAACGUCCUCCGUGGGCUUUACCACGGACUCGAACGCCGGUGCUCGUGAAGGGGCAGGAGCGCGCACUGGCAACCAGGACGGCUGUGCGAGAGCGGCAUCACAUGCGUUGUCUCCUCCGUCGCACCCGCACGCCGUCGCCGGCCUUGCCUUUACGGCCGAGUUGCCACGAUCGUUUCCAUGGCAACAGGAUUGUCUCACACUGGAGGAGAUGAAGAGACGGUACGGUGCGCAGAGCGCUGUACACACGCGCCGACGAGGCCAGCGCUAUCACAGCCACCGUCGCUCCGAGGGGCCAUCCGCCACGGAUCACUCACCACGCAGCAGCUACGCUGCGCCUCUGGCUCUCUUGGCGUCUCCAGUUGCCUCCUCUGUACCCACCUCAGACUUCUCCGCCGCCUCGCUAACUAGCUCCAUCUUCAUGCGAGAGCUUGGAGAAGGUGAGGCGGCUCGCCAUAUGUUGGCGAAGCAUCGAUGGCGGCUGGCCGCGCCGCGCGAAGCAGUGAGUAGCGCUUCUGGCGAUGCCGCGCAACGAUCGCCACUGCGGAGCCGACGCGGCACUGGUGCCACUCAAGUCCAUCUGCCACACAGCGCGACGAGCAAGGAGGCGGCGGCAAAGGCGUACCGGGAACAGCAGCUGCGGCUGUACAGCAGUCACCUCGCCACGCCGUCCACGCUGCUUACCAACGAAUCUUUCGCAGCGGAGCAGGGCCUGCUAGACGUGGAUAGCCUCUUACGGGACACACAGCGCCACACAGCCGGCGCCAGCAUGAGUCCCGUGCGCUGUGCGGAGGCAUCCGGUGCUGGGGCUGCCAGUGCUAGCGUCAGUGGUGUUGCGGCAACGACGAAGAGGGUGCCAGCGUCAAAGCCUGUCGCAGGGACCGCACCACGCCUCAGCGCUCUUGAUCGUGCUCUGCAAGCCCGAGCAGCGCUUCUGCGCCGGCACGUUCAGGGGAGACCGGCGUGGAAGCGGCAGCUGCACCAGGUUCGCCAGUGGUGCGACCGCACCCGGGUGAUGGUGCGCUUCGACAAUGGUGUCUGCGUUGAGCAGAUGGCCGCAGGACCGUCGCACCGAACGAUUGCGCGGCAGCACCAACGACAAAGCCAGCAGCGUGCAAUGACGAUGGGCAGCCGGACGGGUUCGAGGGACGCGCAAGCGGGCUCUGAGACCUCCGGUGUGGACCUGGGCGAUGACGCUGGGUGGCAGCACUUCGUCUACGCAGACGACCCCGCGACAGCUCACGACGCUGUGAUGAAGAAGGUGGCCGAGGAGGAGCAUGAGGUGCAGCGGCAGAACGUUCUGCAGCAGUGCCGGGAGAGACAACACUUGUCUUUUCUCGUCGAAUCCUUCAUGGGCGGCCCCCGCGGUGGCCCGGUGUCGUCGCCUGAGCAGAGCGUUGGACCUGGCAAAGCGGCGGCACAGGCAACUUGCCGGGGGUCGUUCGGCCAUCGCGCAGAUAGCCGCCGUGCUGCACAGGCGCUGUCCCCGCGUACCGCGGAUGCCGGUAGGGAACGCUUGAGAAUCAUGUCACCGCUGCAUGGACUGGGCACGAAGCCGGAACUUCUGCAGGAGCACCAGCACAGCAGCCAGCUCGCCAUGUCGGCCACGGAUGAUCUGGCUUCCAAAGAAGCCAGCGCGACGCUCGGUCAUGUGUCACCGUCAUCGCUCCAACAGCCGCUGGUGUCGAUACACGCAAAUUUGUGCGCUCGUUUGGAGACGUGGGGCACAGACGUUGCGGACAACGAGGAGGCGCUGCCCGGCAGAGGCAGCACCGCCGAAGACACCGCAGCUCUUCCUCCAGCCGCUGCUGCUGGGGCUGUUUGUGAUGACUACGCACUGCCACUUGCGUGGCAAGGGGCAUGGAGAGGCAGCGUGCCGCCCAGGGGACGCUCUAUGCUCCUCUCUGAUCAUUCCGAGGAAUCUGUUCGUAGGCGAUCGGUAGCGGAGGUCAAGGGUGAUCCGACGGUUUCGGUGCAGGGGACGGCUGAACGACACAACUUCGCUUCCCCUCUCGUCCACCUGCAGCGAACCUCGCUGGGCCAAACCGUGUCGGCCACCUUUACAAGGGCAGAGCGUGACCUCUUGAGCUUCGUGCUGACGUGUGCUAGCGGCGGUGGCGAUGUUGAGCACCUCUCGGUUCUUCUUUCGCUAUGCCACCGUCAUGGCAGGAAAAGCACCGCCGUGGAAUGGCACCUCAGCAGCACUGCUAGCGCAGCCGGGCUUGCUGCCACACAGCUGCCACCGGCGCUGGUCGCCUUGCGCACGAUGCUGGACCAGUGGACCCAAGCGCCCGUUUGCGAUGGCGCUGCUGUCGAUACUGCUGUGGCGCAGGAGAGUGCCAGCUGCGGUGCCGUGGCGGCAAGGGAGUGCCAUGUUUCUGUGAAGGAGCUGCCCUUCUCAGCUCCGUGUGACGUCACAGAGGUGGCGAUCACGCAAGAGGCUGCGGGUGUCCGCCGAGACGCGGACGCGGACGCAGGCUCCCCGAGAGUCGAUCACAUGUCGGGGAAGGCGAAAGGGCCAGCGGCGGCGCCGACCUCGGAGAGCACACCCCCUCCCUCAUGGAACGCGUUGGUCACCGCACUGCUCAGCGGCUACAGCGCCUUGGACCUGAGCUUCCUCCGGCAGCUGCACCUGCUCUUGUGGGAGUACAAGGCGAAGGAACAUGGGGGCUUGCGCAUCACAGUGGCGGACGCCCCGGAAGGUGUUGUAACAUCAACUCCGCCGCCGCCGCCGAUUUCAACAGCGCACCGAUCACAGGGCGCACCACCUGCUGUGCUCCCGCUUGCGCUGCAUCUCUCCGUCGUGCAGGAGGCGAGGAUGGCGGCUAGCACCGAUUUGAGGAGCUCCGACAGCAGUCCCCGCACAUUGUCCACUGUGGUGGUGGAUGCUGCGGACUUGCUCAACGCGAUUGCAGCCACGCCGCUGCUUCGCUGGCUGUGCGACGCCAGCCGCCAAAGCCCCACGAGCAGCUGGGCAGAACUGGUAGCGCGCCUACCCGAAGCGUGCGCACAAGAUUGGCAGAACGCGCUUGCGCGGUGUAUCGAGGCCGCAUCCUCAGGCGCACAUCCUCACGAAAACGUCUCGGCGCGCGUCUCGUUUGUGUCAGGCGAGUCGCUGCCAUCGCGCGCAUCCCUCCGCGCUGGGCUAACCGCAGCCACAGCCUCCUCACCGUACGCUGGCAAGCUCGAGUCUUUUCUGUGCGAUACCGCAUCUGCCCUUGAAAGCGCCGCGUGGCGACAGCACCGGCUUCACAGCGUGCUGCACCGCGCGAGUUUGCACGCCGAACAGGACCGAAGGGCUGCAAACAGCGCUGCUGCUACGGGCGCGACCACCGUCGCCUCACUCGCCGUCGACAAUACUUGGGACGCCGUGCCUGCAGCCUUCCCCUGUGUAGGUGGCACCCCGUACCUACCCGGGGAUGAGGCACGUGCUCGCUACCCGCUGAACAUGCGUAACCUGUACUUGAUGUCCGCACUGGCAGCUGAGGACGUCGACGCGCGCAUCGUGCCACAGUUGCGUGAGGCGAGGGUACAGUACGCAGAUGCUCUGCGAGCUGCAGCGGACGCGGCGACUUUGGCCAGCGCGCCUUGCAACCCGUCCAUGUCAAACGUGUCUCUGAUGGCCUUCUCGAGGCCGACGGCUUCUCUGCCACUGGCGCUUCAGCAGCGCGUGCAUCUCGAUAAACUGUUCCAGAUUGAGCAGCGCUUCUUCAGCUUCUUGUGGACGCUAUGGAACUCGGAGCAGUCCGUUUUCGCCUUCAAUCAGCACGUGGCCCCAUUCAACGCCUUCACGGCGGCGGAGCAGCGCUGCUGGGGGCCACUCUACCGGAGCUCGCUGAAGGUGGCCUACUUUGUGUGUGAAGAGUUGGUCGAGAAAGGGAUGGAAAACGUGUCGGCGGAGCUUCUGCCAUUCGUGUCGAUCGUCGCCGCCUUCGCCGGGUGCCGCGGUGGCCAUCGCGAGCUCUUGUCGAAGCUGAAGACAAUCAUGCUCGAGCUGACGGAGCGGGCAAAGAAGGUUCAGGUGCCGCUGGAGUCUUUGUCGUGGCAGGGUAAACGGUCGCAGGUGCUUGAGGAGGCCAUCGCAGCCUCCAAGAUCGCGUCUCGACGUGCGGGAGCUGUGGUUUCCUGUCUCACCACCGAGGCGGACGUCGUGAGCCUGCCUCUGGCGGAGCUGGCAACGCCCGCGCUGCGCCUUAUCCAUGUCCCGCCGCUUUCUCCGCCACCGCAUGGCAUGUGA